AUCAUGGACGAUCAAGGGAGUUCGUUCGUGCGAGCGCAGGCCGGCAGGAGUCUGAUUCGGCCACAGGCGCAUAAAUUCGGGUGUCAGCUGACGAAUCGAUCGCCGAUCGCGAAUCGUGAACCGAGUCCGAUGAUGGGUGGCGUCACGUCGCCCAAACGAAUGUCUGCGCCGCACACGCCCUUGGAGAGUCUGAAGCAGUGGGAGCUGGUGGAGAACGACAGAGGUCUGCAGGUGAUCGAGAAACGCGGCCUGAAUUCGAUCAGGAACAAAGAAUCGGCGAUCCCGGCGGCGAGUCCGCUUUACGAUCGUCCGACCCCGGUUUCCAGACGGAGGCUUCUGGAUGGGAACAUGGACGUGAAUCUAGAGGAGAAGCUGCGUGUCUUCAGUCAGUCGAAGAUCAUUCAACCGAUCGCCCAGCAACGGGAAUUGACGGAGCCCAAACCUCAGCCGCUCAGUCUCGAUAUGAUGCUGAAGCAACAGCAGCAGCAGCAACGCACGUCGAGCGCGACGGCUGAAAGCACCGACAUGCUGCAACGAUUGGAACAGCAAGUCAAGGCUAUCGAGAUGAGUACAAUUGCCGCGAGGCGUCAGCUGGAGAACAGUUCGGAUUUCGGAGCGGAAGUGCAGCUUAGGUACCGGGAGCACGAGGACCUGCUGCGGAACGUGACCGACGACGAGGCCGAGGGGGCCUCGCCGUUGCAACGCGGGGACGCGACGCGGAAUUCCACCGGAAAUGCCUGCAUCGCGCCGAAGAAGCCCGCGGUUAAGUUGUCCAGGACCGCGUCGGACACGCGCCGCGGACAGGAAACGGAGAUGAGGACUCAGCCCAGGAUGCCGCAGACUCGCGCCCUCGUUCGGCCGAUAGUCGCCAAGAAGGAUCAUCAACAACGUCAUCAGCAACAGCAACAGCAUCAGCAUCAGCAGCAGAACAACGCCGUGACCAGUAUCCAGCUCAGGCCGUUGUCAGACAUCAUGCAGAAGAGUAUUCAAAGCGAGAAGGAGACGGGGGAUGGCGUAGGGGUGUCGAGUACCGGAGGUCGGCUCUCUUCGAGGAGUCGAACCUCCGAGGAGCCUCACAUCGGCAAGUACAAAUUACUGAAAACCAUCGGUAAGGGUAACUUUGCCAAGGUGAAACUUGCCAAGCAUGUGCCCACGGGAAAGGAAGUAGCCAUCAAGAUCAUCGAUAAGACUCAAUUAAAUCCCGGUAGCCUUCAAAAGCUGUUUCGAGAAGUGAGGAUAAUGAAGAUGCUCGAUCAUCCGAACAUAGUGAAACUGUUCCAAGUAAUCGAGACUGAAAAAACACUGUACCUGGUAAUGGAAUAUGCCAGCGGUGGCGAGGUCUUCGACUACCUGGUCCUGCACGGGCGGAUGAAGGAGAAAGAGGCGAGGGCGAAGUUCAGGCAGAUCGUUUCUGCUGUGCAAUACUGCCAUCAAAAGAAGAUCAUUCACAGGGACUUGAAAGCCGAGAACCUGUUGCUCGAUAGUGAAAUGAAUAUCAAGAUCGCCGAUUUUGGUUUUAGCAAUGAAUUCACACCCGGUAACAAGUUAGACACAUUUUGCGGUUCGCCGCCUUACGCCGCCCCGGAGCUCUUUCAAGGAAAGAAAUACGAUGGUCCGGAAGUCGAUGUAUGGUCGUUAGGCGUAAUCCUGUACACACUGGUAUCCGGUUCACUGCCUUUCGAUGGUUCGACGUUGAGGGAAUUGAGAGAACGAGUAUUAAGGGGGAAAUAUAGAAUUCCAUUUUAUAUGUCCACCGACUGUGAAAAUCUUCUCAAAAAAUUCUUAGUGCUCAAUCCGACGAAGAGAGCUUCUCUAGAGAAUAUAAUGAAGGAUAAAUGGAUGAACAUGGGAUAUGAAGAUGAUGAAUUAAAACCGUACUUAGAACCUGAACCCGAUUAUAGAGACCACAAGAGGAUAGGUGAGUCUGCCAAGGCCCUAGCUAGUUUGGGAUACACUCGAAGCGAAAUAGAGGAUUCCUUAGGACAAGCGAAGUACGACGAUGUAUUCGCCACGUAUUUGCUCCUAGGGAGGAAAACGACAGAUCCUGAAAGCGAUGGAUCACGGUCGGGUAGUUCAUUAUCGCUGCGCAACAUUCCACCACAAGUCAGCUCGGGUGGUGGAGGUGGGAGCAGCGGUGGGACAGGUGGCGCGGUACAAAGCCCAUCGCAUAGAGGUGUUCACAGAAGUAUUUCUGCUAGCAAUCCAAAACCCAGUAGACGGGCCUCGUCUGGUGGUGAAACUCUUCGAGGCGCGCCAAGUCCCGGUAAUGCAACGAAUCACAAUCACGCAACUACAGUAACCGGCGUAACUGUAACUGGAAGCGGUGGUAGCAAUUUUAAACGACAAAAUACCGUGGACGCAGCCACGAUUAAAGAAAAUAGCGCUCGUGUUUCUGCAAGCCGGCCCUCCGCACCAAAAAACAGUCAACCGCCUGGGCAAUUAGAUACCAGCGUGGGUACAAGUCCUGGUGGUAAAGCGAGGGUAGGCAAGAGCAACACAAUGAAUGCAGGAGUAGGUGGUGGUCGGCCACUCACCUCACCUGCUCCUGGUUCUGUUGGUCGACGUAGCACCAUCUCCUACGAUCAAGCGAAAACAUCAUCUUCAUCUACCGAAAGAACCAACGAAGUGCCCAGCCUGGGCGAGGGCACUAGACCGACGCGGGGUCACACCAAGUCUGCGAGCAUCAGUGCAGGUCACCGUUCCUCAAGUGGUGUACCCCCCAGCGACCAUUCACUACUGGACCCUCAACCACGCAACGCCCACAACUCCUUACUCGCCACCGCUGACCCCCUUAGGCAGAGCUUGGGUGUAUGUGCGAGCAACAGACUGGCCACAGCUACUACGCCAGCGUUUCCACGGAAUGUACCGAGUCGCAGUACGUUUCAUUCUGGCCAAAAUAGAGCACAGCGAAAUCACACUCAGGGUCAUACACAAACGCAGGACACGAAUGCGAUUAGCCCUCUAGCAAGGCCGUCCUUCUUCUCGAAAUUAUCCUCGAAGUUCUCCAAACGCCCCAUGGACCCAUCCGUACCCCCCAAGCACCCAGUAGUGAGCGGAGCUACCACUAACGAUGAACAAGUUAAGCCGCGCAGUCUACGUUUCACGUGGAGUAUGAAAACUACCAGUAGUCGAGACCCUAAUGAAAUUAUGUCUGAGAUUCGAAAGGUGUUGGAUGCUAACAAAUGCCAGUACGAGCAACGCGAACGAUUUCUUUUAUUGUGUGCGCACGGCGAAGCGGCCACUGACAGCCAGGUGCAGUGGGAGAUCGAGGUCUGCAAACUGCCACGACUAUCUCUAAACGGGGUGCGAUUCAAGCGUAUCUCCGGCACGUCAAUCGGUUUCAAAAAUAUCGCCAGCAAGAUCGCAAACGAGCUCAAGCUGUGACUGUCGGCUACGGGCGCCCUAGCCGCCAAUCGCGCCAAUCCAUAACGACCUCGUGAACGUAGCCACCAAGUGGCGGUGGUCAACGAGGAGUUUUACUCUUGUUUCUUCUUCUGGGACUCCGACUCCGAAUCCGAUACCCAAGAAAUAUUCGUUUAAACGAGACUCUCCUCUGCUCUCCUUCCUCCCCUUUCUCCGAGGUCAACGUAUCGUCGUAAGAUUUAGAGAAAAAGGGAAAGGAAGAAUGAGAGAGAAGAGAAAGAUGUUCUCGUCUGCGUUGGAGGGUAUCAUUAUUAACGGUUCGUUGAUAAAAAAAACGUUCGAAACUGUGAUCCGUGACGGCUAAUAUGUAUUUAAAAAUACUCCCGAGUGCCAAAAUGAAGAACUAGGUCGGGUCCUCAUAAUGCCUCGAAAGCGAAAAAAAUUGAAAGAUGAAAGAAACGAACGGACCUGAUGUACGAAGCUGUUACGUUGGACACAAUAAUCUAUUAGUUUAUUAGUUUCGAAUUUUCAUUGUCGAUAACACAGGGAAACGUGCAUCCGAAUGAAAGAAAUCAGUGUCAUGCUUACAGGUUGACCUGCCCCAUCGAUUCUUUGAUUAAUCCAUCUAUCAUAAACUGUCGCUUCAUUUCUAAACAGUAUUAUAUGUCUUGUGUUUAUUCUUGAUGUUGAAGCUGCAUUCGAGUUACGUUUUUGAAAUGUGGAAUCGUAUUAUGCUGUCAUGAAAAUGUUGAAAGAUUAAAGUAGAAUUGGAACGUGCAGAUUCCAAUUGGAUCAUCAAAUGUGCCUAAUGAAGUAUCUCUCACAUAGAUUACAUCUUUCACGGGAACAAUGUUCCUUGUACUAUAAAAUAACGCGUUCUAUUUCCAUUCUUGCGGAAAGUAAAAGAUUAAAGCAUUGCAUCUACAACAUCAAGAGAGAAGUCUUCAUAUAACUUUGUUUUUUUUCGAUUUUGUUUUUAAAAAAUAUUAUUAAAAAAUUUCCGAGCGCGAGUUUUGCCUGUAAACAAUUUGACAAAAUCUGAUCGAAGGAUACGCGUAGCAUUAUGUAUUGAGAAUCUACCUUUAUUUUAAUCAUACACAUUAACCGAAAUAAUUAAAUUACGAAUAUGUACGAAUUGAGCUAUUUUAAUUUGUGUUGCACAACGUGUGUGCGACAUGCUUAUUUUUUUUGUCGAACAUUUUUAUGAUAUUUUACUUCUUUUUUUUUAUCUGUAGAGUAUAAGUUUUUGAAAAUACGCAGCACUAUAUAGAUUAGCCAAUUAUAAUUAAAGCGUAUAAUUAUUAUUAAUAAUACGUUUAUUUCUAUCAUAGAAACGACAAAUAUAUAUAGUAUACACAAUACUAUAUGAAGGUAGAGAAGCAGAGAAGUUAUUAACAUAAUUUAGGAAUAUCAUCGAGUUAUUAUCACUCGCAUUUCAUGUGAAUAAUACACGCAAGUACUUCAUCAUUCUUCAAAGAGUUGAAAUUAUAUAAAUCUAAAUUAAAUCAGAAUAAUAACGAGAUCUGUUAUUUCUACACGAAGGAUACGAUAAUAUUUAUAAAUUUAAGUAUUGUAAUUGGCUAUAUUGUAUUACACUUAAAAUCCUUUCAUUCGCAAAGAUAUUUGCAGUUGAAUGAAAUAAAAUUAGGAAUUACACUGUACACAGUAGAAGCGAACUAGAGAGACUUGGUGUAUGUAAUAUAUAUUAUGAAGGUACUAAAUUAAUAGAGAGACAGAGAGA